CUGGCCGAGACAACUCAUCUGAUUUGAACUAUUUAGUAGUUGUUACUUUGUCGCGGCAACGGCGGCGUCGUCGUCGUUUAAUCAGUUAACCGAGAAGGUGCAAAAACGGUGGUUGAUCCGACGCAAAAGUUUAGUAUUUAUCGAGCGGGCGUCGUGAUAAGUGACGGAAGCAGAGUUCUUGGAGACCUUCUAGACCAAAGAUUGGAAGACCAAAGGAUUGUUUUCGGGAGAAGUGCGUAGUGGUAAUUUUAAGUGAUACAAGUACAAAGUGAUGAUGAUUCUGAGGAAAGGAAUGCUGAUUGCGGUGGUGAUGCUGGUGACAGUCGUGAUGCAAUUUAUUAAUGGAGAUAAUGCGUUCAUCGAUGACCCCCCUGAUGGAUACUUUUCAAGGACAUCGUUGGAUGACUGUCCAAGCCGCUUCUACAGCGAUGAUGUCUCGAGUGCGUUGGGAUUCUUCAUCUUCGGCGGACUGCGAGCCUUCCGAAGUGAAUAUCCUCACAUGAUUGCUUUAGGUUGGACAGACCCUAGCACCGGCAAGUCAGACUACGCCUGCGGUGGAUCCUUAAUUUCCGACAGAUUCGUGGUCACGGCAGCCCAUUGUGGACAAAACGAGAACAAAAUUCCUCCGGACGUAGUCCGGCUUGGCGAUACCAACCUCGCUACCUCUGAAGACGAUGCCUUCGCCCAGGACAUCAAGAUCAAGCGGUUCAUCCCUCAUCCGAAUUACAAACGGACCCAAAAGUACUUUGACAUUGCGUUGAUCGAGCUUGAACAUGCCGCAAGGUUGGAUGCCGCCGUCUGUCCAAUCUGUUUGUGGACCAAGGACAACUUGUACAAAUUUUCCGGUGGACUCCAGGUCACCGGUUUCGGAAUAACUGACUACGCUUCCGAUCCGAGUCCUACGCUGCAGAAAGCUACGCUGAACUACUAUGACUACGACCAGUGCAACACGAUGCUACCGCGGCCGCGAUCGCUGUUCCGAGGACUGUCGUCGGAUCAGUUCUGCGCCAAGACGCCCCAGAAGGACACCUGCCACGGGGACUCCGGUGGACCGAUCCAGAUCGAGCUAUCGGACGUGAACAAAGCGAUUCCGUUUCUGGCCGGGGUGACCUCCUUCGGCACCGGAUGUUGGGACGGAUCGUUCGGGGUGUACACGAAAAUUUCCAGCUACGUGGACUGGAUCGCGUCGAACGUGAACGUCACCGUUGAUCCGAUGGAAUGUGCCCGCCAGUCGGAGUGUCUGUCGUCUCGCAAGUUCUCCGACAGUCGGUUAUCCCCUCAGAACAACUCUCCCUUCUUCCGGGUUGAACUACGCCGCGGAGGACAGAGCUUCAAGCAGUGCAGUGGAGCGUUGAUCGACUAUCGGCACGUGGUAACGUCCGCCAGUUGUACCAAGUGGAACGGGCAGGAACCAACGCAGAUCGAGGCGAACGAUCAGUUGAUCAACAUAACCUCAAUCGUGCGACAUCCGAGGUAUGUCGCUGGGAAGCACUACAACGACCUGGCUGUGUUGCAGUUGGAAAAGUUCUACAAUCCGAACAAGAUCUACCAAAUUGUGGCGCCGGCUUGCGUGUGGAAGAAUGACAGGAUUCCGGAGCCGAUUGUAUUCUACUCUGGAUCUGGACCAGAUUCCAGCGGGUCGGACAGUGGGAAAGUCACCAGUGUUCCGUUGAAGAUUUUGACGGCGUUCUACUUGGAGAAUGGACGGUGCGCGGCGAAUUACAGUGAGAAGUUUAAGGACGAACUUCCUGGGGGAUUCAAUAAUGAUUUUGUUUGUGCCGAGAAUCCGGUGGAGUUGGUUCCAGGGAUUUGCCAGCUCGAACCCGGCGGUCCAAUCUCCAACUUCCGCCGGGACAACGUCGUCCCGUACGUGUACGGCAUCAACACGCUCGGCACGGAGUGCGGCGGCCCCGGCAACCUCUUCGUAGCAACCAGAAUCUCUUCGUACUACCCGUGGAUCGAGUCGAUUGUGCUGAACAAAACGUCGCGCCAAACCUCGGAGCGAAUCGACACCGCAGACGACGAGUUCAGCGGAAACGCCAUCGACGUCGUAAGUCGCAGCGUAGUCCCGUACGAAGACGACCUCGUGUCCUAUGUGUUGCCUGGGCUACUUGCUACCGACCAUCGACUGCAGCCGUACGGCGGCCAGCUGGUGCCGGGAGGGUUGAGUCCGCUCGCGACGGCGUCAGUCCACACCGGCUUCAACGACCGCCUCGACAGUCCCGUUAAGAUCACCAUCUACGGCGCGCAGCUAAUUCACAUCCCAGAACGUCCAGAGGACCUGCUGCAAACGCUCAGCACGAUCCAACUUCAAAGUGCCCACCACGUGCCACCACCUCGUCCAACGUUCAUCCAAUCAAAUAGCAUAGAAAUCGUCAAAUCCUUAGAACUCGGUGCCAAACAACCAAGUCGGGAGAUACAUUUCCACCAAUCGCACCCACAGUCAAUCUACUCCAAUCCCACAGUUCCGUUCCGACCGCAGCAUUGGUCCAGCCACCACCACCAAACGCCAUUCAUCAAUCACCGAAGGCCUUACGUAACCCAGCCCAGGCCCCGGCUGCUGGUCAGCAAUCCUUCCCCGUACCUUGGGGGUCAACCCACCCCGUCGUCGUUCACCAUUGAGAAGUCGAUUGAACUCUACCCGGACGGUCGUUGCACCCUCGGGUCGGGCCAGGCCGGAAGAUGUUUGCCCCGGAGUUUGUGCCCUGGUGGUGGCGGUGGCGGGCUGUCCUACUGCAACGGAGACCUCCUGACGGUUUGCUGUCCGACGAUUUAGGCGGCUAAUUGUGCAUGACUGACCCCUGACGAGGAGGAAGAAGAAGAUGAAGCCAUUCAAAAGGGUGAACGCGAUUACCUCAUGUUUAAAUAGUGUUUUGUUUGCGGUUGAUCCCAAUAAAGCGCGCAC